UUAACUUGGCCAGCAAAAAUCGAAACUUUGUCAUCGGCUCCAGAAGAGAAAUAUGGGGCCCAGGCUAGAAACAGAAAAAAAAAAUUUUUUUUCUUAGAAACCAUUUCGCAUGUCUUCCACUAACAACAUCGUUUCUUCUUCCUCUGCAGUUAGCACUAGCAGGAAACGUACUCGUGACGAAGUAGAGAGCACUCCCAACGUUAACGAGGUGUCAUCGAGUACUCAAUCCGAUCCAAACGAGUACCGUGGCAGGCUAGUGCCUUUCAAACCAGUGUCCACGGAAAACCUGUUAAGUGUAUAUAGUAAACUUUUCCUGGAUCCGUACCAGUGUUCAAUCCGCGGGCGGUCUGACCCUUUGCCAGCCGAGUAUCAGGACGGGGAUGAAGUCUAUCCUCGAGAAUGGUUGGUACUCGAGGGUCAAGAGGCAAGGACACCCAAGGGCCACGUGCUAAAGCGUGAAGGCUUCACGCUAUUCCGUCUGCAUGAGCCAUCGUUGUUCAAGCAGUUGGAGAAGCUCAAGCUUCGGCUGGUCUCGGAGGAGGAUUGGGAGACCGCCAAAAAAGCAAGGGCUACUCUGCAACAACAACAUAGAGUGGCUGAGGCGCCUGUGGUUGCAAGCACCACAGAGUCAAUGCAGGAGUUGGCAGCUAGGGGUCUGCGCAAGGUUUUCACUGAGCUGACCGCUGUUGGCGUGGAAGCGCCUCAUAGUAAACGCUUGGAGGAAAGGGCAGCUCUAUGGAUAGAGCUAUAUAAGACGGUUGUGCCAGCCAAGCAUCCUGUCGAUCAAGAGGAGACUGCUAGCGAGCCAAACAGUUCUCCUCGUCAUAGUAAGAGAGCUCGAACAUCCGUAGAGCCAUCUACAAAAUAGUAUUUUUUUUCAUCGACAUUAAUAAAAGUGC